AUGGAGGACGAGGGAAGCCCAGUGCAACUCCUGGCUGAAAAGCAGGUGCCGAACUCUGACAGUGACUGUGUGUGGCAUGUCACCGAUAUGAACCGCCUGCAACGUUUCUUGUGUUUCGGUUCAGAAGGUGGUACUUAUUCCGUCAAGGAGCAGAAGCUGGGCUUUGAAAAUGCAGAAGCUUUAGUAAGACUGAUUGAAGAGGGUAGAGGUUGUGAAGUUGUUCAAGAAAUAAAGACAUUUAGCCAAGAAGGCAGAGCAGCAAAACAGGAGCCUCUGCUUUUUGCUCUUGCAGUUUGCUCCCAGUGUUCUGAUGCAAAAACGAAGCAAGCGGCAUUUAAAGCUGUUCCUGAGGUGUGUUGCCUAUCAACCCAUCUCUUUACUUUCAUCCAGUUUAAAAAAGAUCUGAAGGAGGGCAUGAAAUGUGGCAUGUGGGGCCGUGCGCUGAGGAAAGCUGUGGCAGAUUGGUACAAUGGAAAGAAUGGCAUGGCUGUUGCUUUAGCAGUUACAAAAUAUAAACAAAGGAGUGGUUGGUCUCAUAAAGAUCUUCUGAGGUUGUCCCACCUAAAACCUGCCAGUGAAGGUAUUGCUAUAGUCACUAAAUAUAUUACCAAAGGGUGGAAAGAUGUCCAAGAGGCGUAUAAAGACAAAACAGUUUCUGCUGAGACUGAAAAACUAUUGAAGUAUCUGGAGGCUGUGGAGAAAGUAAAACGCACAAAAGAUGAAUUGGAAGUUACUCAUUUAAUAGAGGAAUAUGGUCUGGUUAGAGAGCACCUCCUGACAAACCAUCUGAAAUCUAAAGAGGUUUGGAAGGCAUUGCUGAAGGACAUGUCCAUUUCUGUAUUGUUGAGAAAUUUAGGAAAGCUGACUGCAAAUUCAGUGCUUGAACCACAAGGUUCAGAAGUGGCACUAGUAUGUGAAAGACUGAAAAAUGAGAAACUGCUAAAAAAGGGUAGAAUACAUCCAUUCCACAUUUUGGUUGCUUUAGAAACCUAUAAAGCUGGACAUGGAAGCAGAGGGAAGCUUUGGUGGAAUCCCGAUGAAGACAUUUUAAAAGCUUUAGAUGCUUCAUUUUACAAAACUUUCAAGACAAUUGAACCAACAGGAAAACGCUUCUUGAUUGCAGUUGAUGUCAGUGCAUCAAUGACACAAAAAGUUUUGGGUAGCGUUCUCAAUGCUAGCACAGUGGCAGCAGCAAUGUGUAUGGUUGUGGCACGUACUGAGAAGGAUUCCCAUAUUGUUGCCUUUUCACAUGAAAUGGUCCCUUGCCCAGUGACAGCUGAUAUGACAUUACCUCAAUUGUUAGUGAAAAUGUAUGAAAUUCCAAUGGGGACCACUGAUUGUUCCCUUCCAAUGAUAUGGGCUCAAAAAACCCAAACAGCUGCUGAUGUCUUCAUUAUAUUUACUGAUAACGAGACAUUUGCUGGAAUUACUCCUCCUGCAACAGCUCUUAGAGAGUACAGAGAGAAAAUGGGUAUCCCUGCUAAACUGAUUGUUUGUGGAAUGACCUCAAACGGUUUUACGAUCGCAGAUCCAGAUGACAGAGGCAUGAUGGAUAUAUGUGGCUUUGAUACAGGAGCCUUGGAUGCUAUUCGAAACUUCACUUUGGAUUUGAUUUAAUGUUCUAGGCAUCUGCUCUUUGCAGUGGGUCCAUUGCCGGCAACAGACUUCACCGUGGGAAUUCCCAGCCAAAUAUACUUUAAUAGAAUAUGGCACAUUAUAUACGUAUCAGAAUGUUACCUUUUGGUGAAGGGAAAACAAGAAAAGCAAUGAGAAAUACCUUUUCUCUUUUUUCCUGUUGCACACAAUUUAAAAAUAACAGUGGGAAGUUUGCUAAAAGUAGCUACAGGGUUACACGAUAUGUAAUUUAAUUAUGAUUUAUAAUAGAUAAUAAAUAC